CAGCCAGCCAGUCUCAAUACCAGUGUCCUCACUCUUUGAAUUUGCCAUCUUCACCCUUCGCAAUAUUGUAUGACACUGAAAGAAGAGAGCAGCAGGCCAUGCCCUUGAUACAAUGAGUGGAAUAGGAGGAAUAUUAAGAGCAUGGGUCCCACAGGCGCAAAGCGUGAGAUUCCGCUUCUACGCCGACAAGAUCGCCGAAGGCCGUAAGUUAUAUCGUCAUGGCUAUAAGGAAUCCAUCCUUCAGAGGGGGACACUUCCUCAUGUCGAUGGGCUCAAGCUUCCGAUGCCGAUCUACAAGCCAGGCGACAACUGGUCACAGAAGAAGGCUCUGUUUGGGCAGAACGAUUACAUCGACAUCCUUGCUGGCAACCCUUCCAACCCCGACCCAGGCCUACAUCCGGCGAAAAUACUCUACCACCUUCCCUCUUGGUUGCGUGGCGUCAGAGGCAAUGAGUACCAAAUGCUGCUAAAACAACGUAAAGCACUUAUCACCACCAAAUAUCCACUUGUGAGGCCUACCAAAUGGAGGGACCUCAACUUAAGAAUAAGUUAUUUGUACAGGUUUUUGAAUAGAAAAACUAGAACUUGGUUUAGUAAAAAAAAGUAAUUUUUUUUUUGUCCUUUUUUUAUAGUUUACUGUUCUAGUUAAUAAAGAUUAUUUCCAAUCAA